AUGGCUGAGUUCGACGUUGCAGAGAACCGUUCUCUAGACGCGUUGAACGCGUCGGAAGGUUUGCUGAAUUUCAACCACACGUUUUGGAUGGGCGACAUGGGAGAGAUGGAGCCCCUUUCCCCGGUCACCCUGGUCCUCGUCAGCGUCUGGUCUGGCGUGAUCUUCCUGGUGGGGAUCCUGGGGAACCUGUCGGUGGGACUGGCGGUGUGGGGGAACAGGGAGCUCCGCACGCCAACCAACUUCUUCCUGCUGAACCUGAGCGUGGCCGACCUGCUCCUUCUGCUCUUCUGCCUGCCGGUGUACGUGGUGGAGCUGUGGGUCCACUUCCCCUGGCUGCUGGGGGAAACCAUGUGCAAGUUGGCGCCAUUCAUAGAGGUCCUGGUUCUCCAGCUGUCCAUCCUCACCAUCAUGGCAGUGUCCGUGGACCGGUACCGGGGCGUGUGCCGCGCUCUGCAGGCCCAGGCAACCCGGCGCCUCCGCGGCACUGCAGUAACGAUCGCAGCCGCAUGGGGGCUCUCUCUGCUCACCAGCAGCCCCAUGCUGGUCUUCGUCAAGUUCUCCACCUACCACGUCAACGGGUCCUCGGUGGAGAUCUGUGAGAUGAUGAGCCUGGCCGAGUCGUGGAAGGACGUGUACGCCGUGGCCGUGACCGUCAUGUUCUUCGUCGUGCCCUUCUUAAUCCUGUCGUCUCUGUACAGCCUCAUCAUCCGUCGGCUGGUCAGGAGGGCCUCGGACGAGACCAGCGGCAACUUCCGUCACCAGCAGCAGGCCCGGCGCCGCGUCAUCCGCAUGCUGAUCGUGGUGGUUCUGGUGUUCUUCCUCUGCAUGCUGCCCAACCGGGUCUUCCACCUGUGGAUGUUGUUCGCCCCCCAGGAGAGCAUCAUCGCGCUCGGCAGCGGCACGGUCAUGAAGCUGAUCGUCUUCAUGCGGUCCCUGGCCUUCCUCAACUCCUGCAUCAACCCCAUCAUCUACUCGCUAUUCUCCACGCGAUUCCGCUCCACCAUCCUCAACUGCUGCCGCGGCCCGCCCGUGCUGCAGGGGCGCCACCUGUCGGCUUCUUCCGCACAUACAGGCAACCCGUCCCGGAUCGUCCUCCCCGAGCUGAACGUCCUGUGGAGGGGACCGGACCAGGCGGCGGGCGCGGCGGGCGGAAAGAGGACCCGGCACCGCCUGGCUCUCGCCGAGCUGCCGUCGCUCAGGAGCUUCCCCGUGUCGGACGAGUCGGACAGCGGGAGCGUCGUGUACAUAAGGAAGUGGUCCUUUGACUGGGUGAACUUGAAAGAAACAGCUCUGUGA